UCACCCUGAGAACACCAUCCAUGCAAACACCAUCCAUGCUGUGGAGAUGGUUUUCAUCAAAACUGAACUGGUUUAAGGCAAGAUGGAUGGACCCAAAUACAGGGAGAAAAGGCGUCCAAUCUGCACACAUUCUGACCUAGGGGAAAUUUAGCACAGCCAAAUUGCCUACCUGUAUGUUUUUCUGGACAGUGGGAAGAAACCCAGAGAGCCUGGCGGAAACCCACGUAAACACUAAGAGAGCACACGAAACUCGAUACAGACAGUACUCCAAGCUCAGGAUCAAUCCCAGGACAGUGGUUUCUGGCAGAUAUAUGAGCAUGAUUGUAUUUUGUAGCACAAAGAUGAGUUAAAGUGGAAAUUAAAUUGUGCUGAUGUCCAAAAAUGCAGUCUUAAAAAUAAAAUCACAAGUUAGAGUUUAUUCCAGGACAAUAGAGAGUCUCACAGCAAACAUUAUACAGAGAAUUUCUUCUGGGAAGAAGCUCAAGAGAAGAGAAGUGCGAGAGAAGGAAAGAGUAGAAGAGAAUAGUUCUUUGUGGUUACUUGUAGUUUAUUAGGAAUACAGAUCCAUCAGGUGCCAAUAAUUCUGCUUAUUUCAGUACAUUUGUGAAUAUCUUUCUACAAGUGAAAAAUAUUUCUAAUCGAUGCCCAUUGUACUCUAGAGAUAUGCUUUUAAAAUGUGUUGUUAGUCCAGUCCAGGCUUUAGCAGCAUCCUGAGGAGGAAGAGCAGAGUGUUCUGAAAACAUGCGACUGAUCUGAGUACUGAACAGCGCGAGAAAUUAAGAGUACAGGGAUUAUUUUUUGUGUGUGUUUUUUUUUUUUAACUUGUAUUUAGUUGUUGGACUGUCCUCUCAGACAUGAGUAGGUCACCCUCCUCCUCCUCUUCCUCCCCUCCUCCAAGCGUGUGUCUAGCGUUGCUGCUUUCAUUUCAUUGUUCCACAGGAGUUCAGAUGGUUCUCUUUCUCAUGAUAAUCAGCUCCUGCCUUUCACUUCACUACACAUGGCUUCUCCAAGACGCAGAGGGAGCUGAGAGCGCGGUGGGAUCAUUCAUAAGUUCACAAGUUCUCCUCAGGAACACCACGCCAGACGUUAUUUGGAGAGUGUUUGCAUUUCGUUAGACCAGGACGCACAACUUUUUCAGGAUUUGUCUUACUUUCCAAAAAGGACGUCUCACGCAGCUGGUACAGAGUGAUAUAUAUAUUUUGUUUGUUUGUUUAAAACAAGCAUGUUUGUUCGUCCUGUUUAAGCUACUCGGUCGAGGUGAAUUUAGAGAAAGUUUGGAGGUAUUUACCUGGUUCAUUUUCAGACUUUCCGACAUGUGCGUGUUCGCGCUGCGAGUCGUGUUCGCGCUGCUGUGCGUCCACGCUACGCGCUCUGCGUUAUGUCCUGCUGGCUGUGAAUGUUCAGAAGCUGCACAAACUGUGAAGUGUGUUUCUAAGGAUCUUCAGGACAUACCGACAGGCAUUCCUACCUACACAAGGAAUUUGUUCAUCACGGGCAACCACAUUAGACGGAUUGGUCCAGAGUUUUUUAAGGGACUGGACAAUGUGACAACGUUAUCACUCAGCAACAACAGAAUAUCUGAGGUGGCGUCUCACACAUUCUCCAGCCUGCGUAACCUCAGAUCAUUGGACCUGAGCAGCAACCAGCUGGUGUUGAUUCACCCUGAGGCCUUCAUAAUGCACAACCACACUCUGAGAGAGCUGAAUUUCAGCCGAGCUCUCUAUAACCACUCCUCGGUCACUAACUUGGCCACAGCUCUGUGCUGGAGCAGCUUGGAUAGUCUGCUUGGGUUGGACCUGUCAAGCAAUGGCCUGAUCUAUCUACCCCCUCAUAUCUUCUUUCGUAUGAGCAGUCUGCGCCGGCUUCAGUUGGCCAACAACUCCAUAGUAUCCAUUACCAAUGAGACGUUGCUGGGUUUGGAGCACUUAGAAGAGCUAGAUCUCAGCCAUAAUGCCCUUAAAACCUUCAACAAGGAAGGCUUGACGGAGUUGGAGCGCAUUCCGAAAGCAAAGUUAUACCUUGGGCAGAACCCGUACACAUGUACCUGUGGAAUUGAGCCGCUCAUCACCUUGCUAAACACUUCGCUGGACCGUGUUGUAGAUGCAGAGCAUGUGGUCUGUGUGUUCCCUGUUGAAUUGCGCAACGUUUCUUUACUGCUUGCAAGGAAGUUGGUGCUUGAAUGCUAUCACGUAGAGGAGAGCAACAACCUGGCUCUGCAAACAUCCUAUGUCUUCCUAGGCAUAGUGUUGGGUUUUGUGGGCCUAAUGUUCCUCUUUGUGCUGUACCUGAACCGGAAGGGUAUCAAGAAGCGCAUCUAUGAAAUGCGUGACACCUGCAGAGAGAUGUGGGAGGGGUAUCAUUACCGGUAUGAGAUUGACUCUGAUCCCAGGUUGUCACAAUUGUCCACGAGUGCAGAUGUGUAAUUUGGACUACUGCUAGUUUGACCCAAGUUCUUCCACCCCAGUGUCUUUAUUUGAACUUGAUUGCUAGCAAAUUUUAUAUACCUAAAGAAAUUUGACAAAAUCUACAUGUUUUGUAAAUAUCAACAUUGUUACAAAAGGUUUUCAGGCAACAUUAAUACUAGCAACCUGCACACCCAUUCUUUUUCAUACAUCCAUCAUCCUGUCCAUCUCCGUUCAGUGCAUUAACCACUAGUGAUGCGUUCCA